UCUCCUUCCGCCCUUUCUCUAUGCCGCAUAGCCUGACCGGGAGGGCAGGUCCUGCGGUGGCAGAGGUUGGCGCUGCCCUCAGAGGAGGGCUCGGUGAGGAAGAGAUGAGUAGGACCAAGGGUGAUGAGGAGGAAUACUGGAACAGCUCCAAGUUCAAAGCUUUCACCUUUGAUGAUGAAGAUGAUGAGCUCUCACAGCUGAAGGAGUCCAAGCGAGCAGUGAAUAGCCUUCGAAACUUUGUGGACGACGAUGACGAUGAUGAUGAUGAUCUGGAGAGAGUCAGCUGGAGCGGGGAACCUGUGGGAAGUAUUUCUUGGACCAUCAAAGAGACUGCUGCUAACAGUGGAUCAACCCCUGAGGGUCGUGAACAGAAGAACAGAAGCAGCUUAUCCUCCACACAGCUGCCCAAACCCACUUCCACCUACUCCCUGAGCAGCUUUUUCAAAGGGAGAACUAGACUUGGAAGUUUCCAGUCCCUUUCUGAUGCUCUCUCGGACACACCUGCUAAAAGUUAUGCUCCAGAGCUGGGGAGACCCAAGGGGGAAUAUAGGGAUUACAGCAAUGACUGGAGCCUCAGUGACACAGUACGGCGCCUCCGGAAAGGGAAGGUCUGCUCGCUGGAAAGGUUUCGUUCCCUACAAGACAAGCUACAGCUCCUGGAGGAAGCAGUCAGCAUGCAUGACGGGAACGUCAUCACCGCUGUUCUGAUUUUCCUAAAGAGGACACUGAGCAAAGAGAUCCUCUUCCGAGAGCUGGAGGUGCGACAGGUUGCCUUGAGACAUCUCAUUCACUUCCUUAAGGAGAUAGGGGAUCAAAAGCUGCUUUUAGAUCUCUUCAGGUUCCUAGAUAGAACAGAAGAGCUUGCGCUGUCUCAUUAUCGAGAGCACUUGAACAUUCAGGACCCUGAGAAACGAAAAGAUUUUCUUAAGACCUGCAUUGGUUUGCCAUUUUCAGCAGAAGAUUGUGCACACGUACAAGACCAUUACACACUUCUGGAACGUCAGAUCAUCAUCGAGGCAAUUGAUCAGAAUCUGGAAUCGGCGGGACAGACUGAGAUCUUCCGGAAGCAUCCCCGCAAAGCAUCCAUCCUCAACAUGCCCCUCGUGACAACGCUCUUCUAUUCGUGUUUCUACCACUACACGGAGGCUGAGGGGACAUUCAGCAGUCCUGUCAACCUGAAGAAAACGUUUAAGAUUCCAGACAAACAGUAUGUGCUGACGGCCCUGGCUGCCCGCGCCAAACUCCGAGCCUGGCAUGACGUCGAUGCCCUCUUUACCACGAAGAACUGGCUCGGCUACACCAAGAAGAGAGCCCCCAUUGGCUUCCAUCGAGUUGUGGAAAUUUUGCACAAGAACAGUGCCCCUGUCCAGAUAUUACAGGAGUAUGUCAAUUUGGUGGAAGAUGUGGACAUGAAAUUGAACUUAGCCACUAAGUUUAAGUGCCAUGAUGUCGUCAUUGAUGCCUACCGGGACCUGAAGGAUCGUCAGCAGCUGGUGGCGUACAGGAGUAAGGUCGACAAAGGAUCUGCCGAGGAGGAGAAGAUCGAUGCCAUUCUCAGCAGCUCGCAAAUUCGAUGGAAGAAUUGAAUGUCAGUAGCUACUGUGAAAGAAUCUGGUCUUGUCCCUUCCCUUCCUGCCUGUGAGAGAAGAGAGAGCUGUUCUGGGGAGAG